GGAUGGGAGCCGCUCUCCUGCACGCCCGCCAGCCCGGCCCGGUUGCGUCUCACGCACACACUUCGCUUGCUGGGCCAAAACAGCGGAGGGCGGCUAGGCGGCGCGAUGCUAAACUUUUACCCUUCUCUCCCGAAGGAUAAGGGGGAGCCAGGAGUCGGUAGCCCAAGCAAGAGAGCGAGGAGAGGGCUGGGCUGAGAGGCUGUGGACGUGUCGAUCUCGCCCGACGGGCGGCAGCGCCUAGUCGCGCUUCGGCGGAGGUUUGGCGCGACUCCCCCACUCACGCGCCCUCCAGGCUUGGGGUUCUGAUCGGAUUGCGCUCGGCUGUGCUCGUUGCUGCCAGCACGUCGAGGCACCCUCCUGAGGGAAUGCCGGUCCCUUCGCUGCCGCGGCCGCCACUUCUCCACCGAUCCCUUCUUCCUUGCUCGCUAGUAACGGCGGCGGCAGCCACAAGUGUUUGCGCUCCCGGAGCCCAGACCGUGUAGUCCCGCGUCCCGUCCCCGCAGAGGCCGUCCCCAAGGCGGAUGCGCUACUGUCCGGACCAGGAGGACAGGUUUCCUGCCGACGCCGACGCCUUUCUCGUCCGGUGGUCCGGCUGCCGGCCUGCCUGCCUGCCUCCCCGAAGGUGGAGGAGUACCUCCGGGCGCCUGCGGCGGGGCUCGGGCAGCGCCCUCCUGAGGAUGAGCGCUGGGAAAGUUCUCCUGAUGUGCCUGGUCCUCGGUUCAGCCUCCCGAACGAGGGCAGAGAGCACAGAGGAAUAUGACUACGAUUACCUCAGCAACACAAACAAAACCUGGGUCCUAACCCCCAAAGCCCAGGAGACGGAUGCCACACAGAUCCUCAACUCCCUCCUCCAGAACUAUGACAACAAGCUGCGCCCUGAUAUCAGCAUCAAGCCCACUUUCAUUGAUGUGGACAUCUACGUAAACAGCAUUGGGCCUGUCUCUGUGAUCCACAUGGGGAGUCAUUCCAGCAUCUUGCUGGACUAUUUUGAUUGCCCUUUUCUGAAUGUCCACAGUAUGCUUUUUGAGGAAUACACCAUUGACAUAUUCUUCGCCCAAACGUGGUAUGACCGGCGCCUUCGCUUCAACAGCACCCUCAAAGCUCUCACCCUCAACACCAAUAUGGUGAGCCGGAUUUGGAUCCCAGACACCUUUUUCAGGAACUCUAAGAGGGCUGACUCCCACUGGAUCACCACUCCCAACCAGCUGCUCCGGAUCUGGAAUGAUGGGAAAGUCCUCUAUACGCUCAGGUUGACCAUUGAAGCUGAGUGCCUCCUCCAGCUGCAGAACUUCCCAAUGGAUACCCAUUCCUGCCCUCUGGUCUUCUCCAGUUAUGGCUACCCACGAGAGGAGAUCAUCUACCGCUGGAGAAGGUACUCUAUUGAAGUCUCUGACCAGCGAACUUGGAGGCUCUACCAGUUUGACUUCACAGGUCUGAGGAACACAUCUGAGGUGCUCAGGACAGGUGCUGGGGAGUACAUAGUCAUGACCGUCUCCUUUGACCUGAGCAGGCGGAUGGGGUACUUUGCCAUCCAGACCUACAUCCCCUGCAUCCUGACGGUGGUCCUUUCCUGGGUCUCCUUCUGGAUCAAGAGAGACUCUACACCAGCCAGAACAUCUCUGGGAAUCACCACCGUGCUCACCAUGACUACCCUGAGCACCAUCUCCCGCAAGCACCUGCCCCGGGUCUCGUACAUCACUGCCAUGGACCUCUUUGUCUCAGUGUGCUUCAUCUUCGUCUUUGCAGCCCUCAUGGAGUAUGCCACCCUCAACUACCUGGCAGGAAACAAGAAGCCAGCACAGCAUAGCAGCAGGAAACCCAGACUGGCAGCCAGCCAUGCCCACCUGAUGAUGCCCUCCUACACUGCCAUCAACAUCAACAGCCUGGUGCACUGGCCCCCUGAAGUCGAGGGCAACAGUGAAGAGGUGGAGAGCGAAGACCUGGAGCCCUCCUGCUUGGAAGGGAAGGAGUGUCAGCGGUUCUUCUGCUGCAUUGAGGACUGUCAGACGGGCACCUGGCGAGAGGGCAGAAUCCGCAUCCACAUUUCCCGCCUGGACUCCUACUCCCGGGUUUUCUUCCCCACAGCCUUCCUGCUGUUCAACAUUGUGUACUGGAUUGCUUAUCUCUAUCUCUGAGUUUCCUCCAGUAAAUGUCUGCACAAAAGGAGGACUUUGAAGUUCGCCUCUCCUUUCCUCCUCACUUGCCAAAGCUGGGAUUGUAGGGUGCAGCUGCCAGCCCCCUCCGGUCUAAAGAGUUGCUGCCCUGGGAGACUGUGAGGCUUCUCUCUUGACCCAUGUUGGCUACGACAUAUAGGGGUUUGGUGGUGCUGCAGUGGCCAGGGAGGCUUUCUAUGUAGACGUGACACAUUUAAAAUGCUUUUGUCUGUAAUAUUCAGUUGAGAAAAAGCCAUUGCUGUCCCCUCACUCACCCUACUGCAUAUCCUCCAAAUUCCACCACCACUCCCACCCCCUGUAGUUUAUUACAAUGUCUGUUCUCUGUCUCCAUGGCCAGAGACCGAACAGCUCUAAAUUCCAGUUGCUGAAAAUCACAAAGGAGAGAGGGCUCUUGUGCUCAGGUCCUGCUGGCAAGCUCCUUCCCUUUUGGGGCAUCUGGCUGGCUACUGUGAGAACAGGAUACUAUACUAAGAUGGGCCAUUGGCCUGAUCCCGCAGGGCUCAUCUUAUGUGUGGGAUGUUUAAAAGGCUGUCAAAUCAACAAUUCAUGUUUUGCUAGAUAGGCACAUAAUAGGAGCUGAAGGAGUUUUCCUGUAAACUUGCUAGAGAACUUUGCAAGAGAUGCUCCCACUCUGCCCUGACAGGGGGGAGGGUGUAGCUGUAUAUAUUCUCCUGCCUGCCUUGGCAGACUCUCCUUAUUCUUUUUCAUCUCUUUCUGCUGUGCCAGCAAUGUGAGAACAUCUGCCAAGUCUGAGCUCCAGCUCAGACGCCAUUUUAAGCUAACUUAAGUAUGUCUUUGUAACUGAAUUACCAUUUUAAGCCUGCCUGAACAAAGCUGCUGUGUCUGUUACUCUUCAA